AUGAGAUCCGCAAUGGAGUUUUACAACGCAAGUUUUAAGAGGCUGAAGAUUUCCAGCCGUCUUCUUGGUGCUGGUAUUUGGGAGAAGUAUCACGGCUUUAAUUGGGGACGUAUAGCGAGUGUGACGCAGAUUUUACUGUUUCUGGCUUUCCACGUUUGGACGGGAUACAAGUACCGACAUAAUGCGCUCGAGAUGCUGGAGACGCAAUCGCUCAUCUGUACCGGGGCUGCGCUGAUGAUCAAAUACUUUACGAUGAUCCGGAAUGGUGACCCGAUCCGCUUACUGACCGGCACAAUUGAGUCGGAGAUGUACAUCAAGUAUUCCGAAACGUCCAACGAAUAUCCGGUGGUGUUGAAGUACAGCCGUGUACUGUACUUUCUCGGAUAUAUCAUGAUGGUGGGCUACUUUUCUUCGCUGUCUCUCAUUUUUGUCAACCCACUGUUCAUGUACUUUACCGAGGGUCGCAUAAUGUUGCUAUUUUUCUGUGAAAUUCCGUACGUGGAUUGGACGGUAACGAGAGGGUACUGGGGCACUAUCACGUUGCAGCUUGCAUUCUACGUCACCGGGGUCUGUGGGUUGAUUUUGGUCGAUUACUUGUGCGCCUAUUUCACCAUCAAUGGCUUGCUUUACGUGGACAUUUUGCGCUUUCAUCUGGACGAGCUGAGUGAGCUGUUGCGUGAUCCGGGUUACCAAAGGCGAACAGCAACGGAUGUAAUCGAGAAGGUCAAUCAUAAGUGGAGACAGUGUCUAGUGGAACAUCAGCAGGUUGUUGAAUAUUUUGACAAAUUUUCCGAUUUGUGGAGUAUGAUCAACCUAGCUCAGGUGGGCUGUAGUGUGUUCGGCAUUUGCGCCAAUAUGCUGAUAAUAUUUCUAACCGAUUGGUACGCAGCGUAUCCCAUACUCUUUGCCCUGUUCAUUGAUCUCUCGGUACAUUUUGUGUUGGGAGCUGUCAUUGAGGGAAAGGUCGACGAACUGCACAUCAGUUUGGUUCAUUUUCCUUGGUAUUUACUGGACGAUCGACGGCAGAAGGAAUACAAACUACUUUUGCUACGAGCGCAACAACCAUCCGGUAUGUCGAUUGCCGGACUUACACCGGUUAAUUACGAAACGUACACACAGUGUUGUUUCCUUUUGACGUAUUGGUAUUCCACGUACUGCUUUUUGUUGGUUUUGUUUGGAGAGCUUACUAUCUAUUUUAUCAUCGGUCAUUUCGCAGAAGUUAAGCUUGAUGAAAUGUACAGCAAAAUAGUCUCGAUGCAUUGGUAUAAUCAUCCGGUUAGGGAACAGAAAGAGUUUCUCUUGCUGUUCUGCAGACAGCAGCGUCCCAUGUUGUUGACAGCUUGCGGUUUUAUACACAUGAACUUUGAGACGUACAUGAGCGUCUUGAGAGGAUUGUAUCAGUUUUUCGUAAUGAUUAUGCAGUAUUCAAGAAAUUAA